GGUUAAAGGUACAAAGACGUCAUAGACGUCGCUAGGUUAUCAAGCAAGGUAAACAUAGAAAAUCCGACAAGAAAUGCACAUGGCUUCAAGAACAGGCAGGACUCCUACUAAGGUUCGCGCGAACCGCGAGGCGGUGGCCGAGUAUUUUCACUCUCUGAGGGAAGAGCCUGUGAAGGAGGGAUCGGCAUUACAACAGACACCCAGCGGACUUCACUUUAAACUCCCCAGUAAACGUCUACUUUACGAAAGCGGUAAUUAUGCAGUGUUUGAUGUUCGGGACGGGAGCUCUAACAGUGAUGAAUCUAGCUUUCAUAGUUUACGGGAGCAAGAGUCUAUCGACGCUCCCCACGGGUUCUACUAUGGAGGGGAAUGUUUGACAAAUACCGGAGAAACGCGUCGUGACUCGGAAAUGAUGGGGCGGGGCUCACAUGUUACUUAUACACAAAAACAAGAGAGUGAGCAGCAUCGUGCUUCGCGAUCCAGAUCGGCUCAGCGUGAGUACUCACAAGGACAAAGAAGUAGUUCAGAACGCCGAGCAAAGUCUAGCGUCAGGGAUUCAGGAUUUACUGCUCAACAGGAUGCUCAGCUCUCUAGGAUGUCUUCAACUCAGUAUUAUGAUGCAGAAGAUUGUCAAAGUAGACACCAGAGAUCCAUGCCUAACCUCGGAAAUGAACGGCUGAGCCACGGGAACAAAGGUAGGGAGUCACCGCCCGAAUCAUCUCGUAAGUAUGCAGCGAAUGAUACACAGUUCACGGCAAAAUCAAGUCAUCAACAAGGAACUUACUACAAAUCAGAACAUGGGCGCUAUUAUAGAGGACAGCAGGGCAUGGAAGAAGGAAUGUCAGGUCUAGCAGAUACAUCUCAGGGACAAGCAUAUGGCCGCAGUGUCUGUGAUAACGAGAUGGUCAGAAAGCGAUAUCAAAGCGAGACAAAUUAUGAGGAUGAAAUGCUUACAAAAGGAAUGGAACAAUUGAUGGACGAAGCCGUAUCAUCAACCAAAGAGAUGAACCAGUUUCUGUAUGAUUUAUGGCGAUCACAACGCAUGUGUGAUAUAAUCAUAAAAGUCAACGAUAAAGAAUUCCAUGCCCACAAACUUGCCCUUGCAGCACACAGUGAGAAGUUCACGAGCCGGUACUGCGAUGAGGCGCCGUCGACAAUAUCAGAGGUGAUACUCCCCAACGCCUCGGCCGAAGCUGCCGAAACUCUCAUUAAUUACAUCUACACAAACGAACUCGUACUCACGGCAGAAAACAUCGAAGCCAUCAUUAUCUGCGCUCGACAACUUGGCGUCAAAAGUGCGUUAAACUUUUGUCAAGAUUUUCUCAGCUCGUUUACCAGGGACAGUGUCUUAUUCUUGCUACCUAUUGCCCAGAGACAAGGAUUUACUGAAGUUGCAGAGCGGAUGUUUGAGUUUAUAAAUAAAUGCUCUCUAACAAUGAUGCAGUCAGAGGGGUUUUUGCAAUGUGAAAUGCAUCAGGUGGAAUGGUUAAUUUCCCAAGACCAGCUGGCGAUAACUACUGAACUGGAAGUGUUUUUUGCCGUCCUCAGAUGGAUCGACCACGACCAAAAAGAACGAAUCAAGUUCGCCCCUGUACUGGUUGGAUGUGUUCGAUUGAUUUACAUCAGUCCAGAAGAUCUUGUUAAACACGUGGAGCCAGAGAGACACAUUUUCAGCAUACAGAAAUGCUUUGAAAUGCUCUACUUUGCAUUCAGGUAUCACGCUAUAAAGUUAGGCGGAAGCACGUUAUAUACCAUAAUGAAAGUACCACCUCCUCGGCAUUAUUCGAUCCCCGUGAAUGAGCAAUCACAAACAUGCAGACGGAUCUCAAAUACACAAAAGGCACCAGUAAACGUAACUAAUAACACAUCUUCCUAUGGUUCCCGAAUUCUAAAUACAGAACUGCAAAGCAAGGGCGGUUCAAGUCAAAAUUUUACUUAUGAGAACACUACAGUGACUAGUCCACGUAAGAAUGGUGCGUCCGAUUCUGUCGGAUAUACAGCAAACCUUAAAGACGAAACGGUGAGACAAGGCUACCAAAAUUACGGAAGUGGUAACAAAAGUAUGGAAUAUGCAGAAAAUCUCAAACGUGACUCCAAAAAUAAUCCCUCGCAGGGCGCGAAACAACGAAAUCAACCCCAAAAUGUUUACACCGCUGGCCAGUCGUCUGGAAGUGAGUCGAAAAAGAGCCUCGAUUCGGCGGAAUCCUCCCCAUCACGUGACACGGGAGAACAGUAUUCAUCAGAUCGAGGAAAGAUGGCGGACCCUAAAUCUGCAGAUUCUGAAUCAAGUGCAUCUGAGAAGUCACCUAAUCCAAGAGGGAUCGUUAGGAAGUUGUCGCCUGCAACACUAAAAGUGGACGAGAAGAAAAAAAUCACAGCUCCCAAAGUAAGAACAAGGGACAAGAUGAAGUCAUGUGAUCGUUUCCUGGUGAUUGGCGGAGUGGAUCCAUUUGAGAUGACAGACAACGAAACAAGUCGAUUGGUGGAGGAAUUUUCUCCAAGCAAGUCGGAAUGGACCUCGAAGUCUAGCCUUCCGGAUGCGAGGCAUCAUACUUGUGCUUGCCUUUUAGAUGGAUUCAUAUAUCUCAUCGGCGGAUCUACCUACGAUCAAGAAGCACCCGAAAAUCUAGCCAAUCCAACAUCCACGUGUUUCCGGUAUGACCCGGAUAAAAACCAAUGGUCCCGGAUAUCGUCGCUACAGACUCCCCGGAUGUAUCACGGUGCCAGUGUACUGAGUGGGGUAGUAUACGCAGCAGGUGGUCAUGACUACACGGGCAGAUGCUUAGAUACUGUUGAAUACUACAAUACAGCGACUGACUCCUGGCAUUAUGCAGCCAAUAUGACAGAACCCAAAUUAGGCGUGGCCUGCAUAGGAUACAAGGACCGCUUGUUUGUGAUUGGUGGAUCGGUUGAUCGGGGAGGUCAAAAGGUUGUUUUGACUACAGUAGAGUGCUACGAUCCAAAACUCAACUGCUGGGUUCGAAAGAGGUCUCUUCCAAAGCCUUUAUGCCACGCAUGUGUUGCGGAAGUGAACAACGACCUAUACCUCCUCGGCGGAGCAACACAGGAGACUUCCGGCGGUGUUGUGUGGAGUUCUGGUACAGUGUAUCGUUACACGAAUCUGUGUGAAGUUUGGGUGGCGUUUACUGAAAUGAUCACACCCCGACAUGACGCAAGCGCAGUGGCUAUAGGGUGUAAUAUUUAUAUUGUGGGCGGGAUCAGCACAGCGACCGGAGAGGCCGUGGAAAGCAUGGAAGUCCUGGACUGUGAGACAGCCACGUGGGAGGAGGAGAGUGAGGAGGAGUUUAGAGCGGUGGUGGGCGUGGCCUGUGUCAGGAUGCCCCGCCUUUAAUAUUGCUUAGGUGUGGCCUGCGUCAGGAUGCCCCGCCUUUUAUAUUGCUCAGGCUUGGCUCUGUGUCAGGAUUCUGUUUUCUUACCUAAUCUGGAUGCACGGUUUAUUAUUUAGCCAUGGAAUCUUUGAAAUAUAAAUCUGGUCUUCCUUAAAAUACAAACUUGUCAAUUUGAGGAAAGAUAUUAUGUAAUUUAGUUUUCUUUAAAUACUUUGUACUACUGAUUGGAAGUAAAGUCAUUCUAUUAAA